AUGGUGCCCUCCCAGGAGGAGCCCGCCGCCGCGCGGGGGACAAGCGAGGCGCAGCCGCUGGGCUCCGCGCCUCCGGGGGCCGCUCCGCUGCCCGGCGCGGGACCCUUAGACGGCCCGGAGGCGGCGGCGGCCGAGAAGGUGGAAGUAGAGCUGGGUGGGUCGGUGGGCGCCGAGCCCCUUGAACCCCCUGAGGGCGGCUGGGGUUGGUUGGUGAUGCUAGCAGCCAUGUGGUGCAACGGGUCGGUGUUCGGCAUCCAGAACUCCUGCGGGUUGCUCUUCAUGUCCAUGCUGAACACCUUCGGGUCCAAGGACGAUGACAAGAUGGUCUUCAAGACAGCAUGGGUUAGUUCUAUCUCCAUGGGGAUGAUUUUCUUCUGCUGCCCGAUCGUCAGCGUCUUCACAGACAUGUUUGGUUGUCGGAAAACAGCUGUCAUGGGCGCUGCUGUUGGAUUUGCUGGACUCUUAUCAAGUUCUUUUGUAAGCUCCAUUGAGCCUCUGUACCUGACCUACGGAAUCAUAUUUGCCUGUGGCUGUUCCUUCGCCUACCAGCCUUCCUUGGUCAUUUUGGGACACUAUUUCAAGAAGCGCCUUGGACUGGUGAACGGCAUCGUCACCGCUGGCAGCAGCAUCUUCACAAUCUUGCUGCCUUUCCUUUUGCGGGUUCUGACCGACAGCGUGGGCCUCUUCCACACCCUCAGGGUCCUGUGCAUCUUCAUAUUUGUUCUCUUUCUGGCUGGCUUCACUUACCGACCUCUUGCUUCCAGUGCCAAAGAUAAAGAUGAUACAGCCAACGGAGGCCACAGACUCUCCCUCUUUUCCAGGAGAAAGUUCAAUCCUCCAAAAAAAAUGUUCAAUUUUGCCAUCUUCAAGGUGACAGCAUAUGCAGUGUGGGCCGUUGGAAUACCUCUUGCACUUUUCGGCUACUUUGUACCUUAUGUUCACUUGAUGAAACAUGUGAAUGAAAGGUUUGAAGAUGAGAAAAAUAAAGAGGUGGUUCUCACGUGCAUCGGCAUCACUUCAGGAGUCGGACGGCUGUUCUUCGGCCGGAUCGCGGAUUACGUGCCUGGUGUGAAGAAAAUUUAUCUCCAGGUCCUGUCCUUUCUCUUCAUUGGUCUGAUGUCCAUGAUGAUUCCCCUGUGCAGCGUCUUUGGGGCCCUCAUUGCUGUAUGCCUCGUCAUGGGUCUCUUCGAUGGAUGCUUCAUUUCCAUUAUGGCCCCCAUUGCCUUUGAGUUGGUUGGUGCCCAGGAUGUCUCCCAAGCAAUUGGAUUUCUGCUCGGAUUCAUGUCUAUACCCAUGACUGUGGGCCCACCCAUCGCAGGGUUAUUCCAUGACAAGCUGGGCUCCUAUGAUGUGGCAUUCUACCUCGCUGGAAUCCCGCCCCUUAUUGGAGGUGCUGUCCUUUGUUUUAUCCCAUGGGUCCACAGUAAGAAGCAAAAGGAGGUCACUAAAGCCACUGGAGGAGAAAAGGUGGAGAAAAUGCUGGAGAACCAGAACUCUGUGUCAAGCUCAGCUGCAGUCUUUAAGAAGGAAUCUGACUCUGUUAUUUAAUGUCUUAUAUACCUCCACCAGACUGGACUUGCUUUCAGAAACUGAAGCAAGUUUUCCUUUUAUAUAUGAAUUGCAAAUAUCUUAUUUUUUUAAUCACAUCCUAGGAGUAGCACAAUAAUUGGGAAGUAGAACCCUCAUUACUACGAGAACCAUUCGCUGCCACUGAACAGCUAGCUGUCUGAUAUUUCCGUGAGUCUGAGGGCGGAGACUCAGACUCAGUUUUCAUGUACGAGAAAACCUGUCUGAAAGUCAACUAUCAUGAGAAUGUGAGGCUAUCUCAGUAAAAAAGCAGCUUUGGAAACUGUGAAUGCUAUUUAGCUUGUACAAAUACUUAAAAAUACCUCAAGCUGUACUGAAAGGGUUGUGGUUUGAUUAGGACUGGAAAUAUCAUUUGUUGUCUCACAUUGGUGUUUUUAGUUUUGGUAUCUCUGUUUUAAUUUCUCCUGCUACUUGGAAACUUCUUACAAAAUUUAAGCCUGGAUUCUAGUAUCAGAUCGACUUAGAUUUCAAGCCAAUGUAAAAAUUGUUUGCCUGCUGUUAAAUAAGCUAUGAAAGUAAGUUAUUCUGACUUGCUCCCGUGUCAAGGGACCUUCUUGGAGCAGGGGCUGACAAGGUAUGCAGAAUCAAUCAAUAUGUGAGGUGAACAGGAUACUGUUCAUAAGGGCAAAACAGUUCAGAGAUCAGACGUUUCUUCCAUUUACAUUUUCUCCCUUUGGAUUUGCAGUGUGUUUUACUCAAGUUGCCAGAAACACCCCAGAUUUCUGAAUGUUUAAGUUGUAACAGUAAAAUAGAAUGACUGAAAGAUAUUCUAGCAUUUUUACCUUAGAUUUUUUUCUGACUUCUGAAUUUGUUGCACUAGGACCUGAUAUUUAAACAAGCAUAUUAUCAAGUUGCAGUUUUAGGCAUAAAUGGGAAAAAAAAGUCUUUGUGAAGAAAAUAUCUAUUUCUGAUAGGAAGAAUUGCUUAAGUUGGUAAAACUUUCUGGCAAAAAUUUGCAUUCAUAUAUAUUUAUCCUAGUGUGUUCCCCUUUAACACUGCCUGUAUUUUUCUAUUUAUAUAUAAAUAUAAGAAAGCAAUUAAAGUUUUAAAGAUUUAAAGUUAAAACCAAAGUCAUGACAUGACCUAUACUCAACUAAAAGAAAGAAACAGGAAUGGGUCCCUCAUCCUGAAAUUAUAUUUUAGUAUGUUUGUUUCUUCUUUAGGUCUUUAAAAGUUAAUAAUACGCAAACUCAUAUUUAAACCCCCAAUACGCAUGUGUAUUAGAUCCUCCUCAAAUGUGGCUCGUUCACCUGGGCAGGUGCCAUGAUUUUUAUAAAACUCCUUCAGGACCCACCUGUUCUUAAAUCCUUUGUGCUGAGAGAAAUGCAGUCUCCCUACUUUUCUUUUCAGCUUGGAUCGUUUGUGAAGGGCAAAGUCCUUCCAUUCCUGUCUCAAGCUGAGGAUGGAGAUGCCGGUAAAACAUAUGGAUUUGCAGUUGUUGUUGGGGGAGGAGGGCACUCAGGAGGAAGAGCGAAGUGAGGCUGAUAAGUAAACAACUAGGAAACCCACUAACUUUUUCAGUAUCAGCUUUCUCAACCUGCAACCUUGAAGGUUCAGUAUAAACACUAAAUAUGGAAUUUAUUUAUAAUAGAGCUUUAAACAAUUUUGAUCUGAGAGACAUUCAGAUUCAUUCAGCUUACUACGUGAUACACACAGCUGCAGCCUACUACUUCCAAUACUUCCGUAUUUCAUAUACAAACAGCCAGGGACAAUCAUCAAACCUGCCACUAUAAAAUACUUAUUUUUUUCUAUAGUUUCAGCACAAAUUCCUGACUACCCCGUGAUUUUACAGAAAGAACAGAUCUGAAAAACUUAUUCUGUAAAGACCUUCAGAAUGUUUUUCCUUUCAUUAUUUGGCUGAUAUUAGGGGAAAAAAGUAAUUAUCUGAAACUCAGACUUGAUCUUGUUUAUUUUCCAUAAUAAAAGAGCAACGUGACAAGUAGAAUAUAACUUAGAUCUCAGACUACUGUGUUUGUGUAUAAUAUUACAUAUAUGUAGUUUUCAGUCCAAUGGAAUGAAUCAAACAGGAUCUAUAACACUGAGAAGGCUCCACUAAAACAGACUCUUACGGACAGUGCUGUGCUGUAGUGAUAUAAAGUUAAAAGUAUAGAAGAUAAGAUGCUGAAUUACAUAAAAUGCAUAUUUAGUAAUAUGUUGUUUGGUACAAAAAGCUCUAAAAGUCUAAAAUAUACAACCUAAGAAAAAAUACCAGUAUUCACAAAGAUUUGUUUUAGACCAAGGAAUGUUACUUUAAUCUUUCAAACUAAGGCCUAAUUUCUAAAGACUGUUACUUAAUUGCAGUAAAGUGACCUGAUGGACAUACAUUUUGUUGUUGUUGUUGUUUAAUCCAAGACACUUUUUUUUUAAAGAAUAGAUAAAAUCUUUAAAGAACUCAGCAAAUUCUCACAUUUAAAAGGUUCUGGCAUUUGAGGCCAGCAAUAUAAAAGAAGGGGAGCAAUCAUUCCUCUUCACACGCAGUCUGGAUGGGAUGUUACUGUAACAGGAUGCCCAAGGAUCUUCCAGAAACAUUCUGGUUAAGGUUUACUGCAGUGGCUGUGGCUGGGAUGCAUCCAUUUCAGUAAUAAUAAGCCACCCAGAUUACUGAUACUAUUUUCAAAAUUUAUCUCUUUGAUCACAGUUGCAAUGCUUAGUCUAUAGCCCUACCACAGGACCUGUAAUUUCUCCUGAAAACUGCACAGUGCUUGCACUGAGCUUCCAGUUCUAUUCAUAAAUAGAAAUAAGACUUCAUUUGCAUUUCAUGAUCAUACAUUAUCUGUUUAUAAAUGUUUGCAGAUGAUCCCAUGGACUCUGCCCAAGUAUGGGGGGGAAAAAAAAUUAAUGCCAUUAGCUUCAACUUUCCACACUUUUAAAGUAAAUGUACACUUGGUUGUAAAGUAAACAUAUGUUUACUUCUGGUAAUUAUACUCCUUUAACUGCACUUAACAUUUAAAUAUGUGCCACUGUUAUUUGUAAGCUGUCCCAUGUUCAGAUAACUUGAUGAUAAAUCAAAUAAGGCUGAACAGAAAAUGUGCUGUGAGAUCAGAGGCAGGCCCCUAUAGCAUGGGUGGCCCUGAAGACUUCCUGGUGGCAAACUUUCACAUCCUUUCAUACCUCUUUUUGUAUUAUCUUUAUCAUUCUUUUCCCUUUUCUUCCCUACAUCCUUCAAAAACCUGCUGAAGAGUCAAUGAAUAUCCUUGCUUAGUUCCACUGGUUGCUUAGUUGCAGUACUUACUAGUCCUGGUGAUUUCAGAGGAUGGAACCCCAUCCAAUUUUGUGUAACCUAGAGAAUGGCUUGCUCUCAGCUUUCAACUUAGAGUACUAAUGGUACACUGGGAAAAAAAUUAUAAUGGGGGGGGGUAAUAAGUUUCAUGUAAUUGUCAACUUUUGUGUUAACAUAUAAAACUUUAAAUAUUUAAGGUAAAUGCUUUGAGAGGAAAGUGUGUCAAGUUCUUAACAUAUUUUCAGAGCAUACUUUUUUUACUUUAAUUUUCAUAUUCCAUUAAAGUUUUGCUAAAUUGUAGUCCUGAGAACACACCCUGGAGGAUGCCUGGGAAUCUAGCAGGCCUCUGGGAUGCAGUCUCCCAUGAAUCUGCUUUAGGCCUGGGUUACAAUUUAUGGUGAAUGGCAUUAAGAGGAAGUUCCCAGCGUCUAGAGAUAUGGGUGGAAAGUAUGAGCAAAUUAGCUCCAAAAUUUAAAAAUAUGUGAAUAAUUUAAAUAUUUAAAACUAUUCACAAGUUUUCGAACUGAAAACUUCAUUGUUGCUGCAGGGAGGGAGCAAAUAAUAAGGCAGACAACAGCAACACACAGCUUCCAGGCUCACUGAGUGUAUGAUAGUCACAGCCAUGUUUUAUCACUUUACUUGUUGACAGAGACUCAUGCUUUGUUUUAAAAAUACACUGCAAGUGAUAGGUUACAAUUUUCAAGAAUAAAGGGCCAAACCCCCAUAGCUAAAUGUGAAGCCUGCAUACAACACAGACUCAUUAUUACCAAACUACCAUAAAUAGGGAUUUAUGAUCCCUAAGCAGAUGACUGCUUAGGACCCAUGAAACAAUUCAUUGCCACAUCUUUGAAUCACUCAAACCUUGAUAUUUGGGAUAUAGUAGGCUACUUUAGCUUUAAAAAUUAAUAUUUUUUAAAAGUAAACAUUAAUUACCUUGGCCUCUAUACAUUCAAGGAAAUUUCCCAUGGUACUUUUUUUUUUUUUUGACAGAUAUAAAACAGGAGGCUACCUCAUUUAUGAAACAAGGUUUCUGUUUUUUAUUAGUAUGCUGGAAAGACCGUGAGAAUGAAAUGAAACCUUUUCAAGUGCUUGAUCAUGACACUCAGCUUGGUCAUAGCAGUCCACCUACCUCAGCUUUCGGGGUCUACCUAAAAACCCAGCGUAAUUAAUUCCUGCAUAAUCAGUGAGUGAAUGGUGAUUCUGGAGACCAAAAGGCAAGGGACUGUAGGCUGUUAAAGGGGGUCGAAAUACCAGUAAAACAAAAUGUGUUUUGUUCUGAUAGAUAGUAUUUAAAAGGAAAAAAAAUGGAAUAUUAACUAAUAUGGCCUGUGGAUAAUCUGAAAAAGGAAAAAAAGAGACAAACCUUAUAACCUAUAUACAAUAAUGAACAGUUACUAAAAUGCAUCAUGAGUGGCUUGUACAAAUUACACCAGCAGCUUGACGAUGAGGUCUUGUUUUCAUGUUUUCUUUGGCAGGAAGAUGGAUGAUCACUGACAAUAGAUUGUAUGCUUGUGCCUUAGCCUUACAGCUUCCAUGUUAAACUCCUGUAAGAAGCACUCCUUUCCAAGUGGAUCAGGGACUGUGGCAAUGAGUUUUCGUCUUACUGGAGUUUUUGAAAAUGCUACCACUGAGUGUGGCGAUAGUGCAGGGGUUAAUCCACAAGUUCCCAAUCUAAUGAAAAAGGUUUCUUGCCUUUCAAUGUGGUGGCCUAUAAGAAGAGUAUUUUGGAGUUCAGUGUCACUAAGCAUGCAUGUGAUAUCACUAUCUACACAAAACAACAUUUAGAAAUCAAUAUCAGAUAAUAUUUUCAGUAUCUGUUGGUUAUUAAGAGUGAAUCUGUUAAAUAUGUGUGUAAACACAUAAACCUUUUCUACUGUUAUCUUCACCAAAUGUAAUCUUCUAUAGUAGGUUCUACAACGCAAGACAGUGACAGGUCAACAUAUCUGUCAUAAUUUAGCGUAUACUGGAAUAUUAUGUCAGGGACCCAGGGUUUGUUAUCAAGUGCUGUAUUUUCACCCCAGCCUAUGAACUGACUGUAUUUGGUGCCUUUUUUUUCCUACCAGAGAAAGAUUAGAUCAGGAUUGGUGCUAAAUUUCAUGUUCUUUGCAAAAUUAUUUUUUUCUUUUUAAAUAUAUAUAAUUCAAUAGGAAAUAUAUAUGUCUGGCAGUAUUAUGCAUGUUACAUUCUGUAUAUAUAUCUGAGGGAAAACCCCUCCUAUAAAGGAAUUAUUGAGUUCAAAUCUACUAAAAGAUAUGUAAUUUUUGUUAAUACAGAAGGUGUUAGGGUACAAAACUCAAAAAAAUGAUCACCAAAUGAAAACUUAAUGAUGAACACAGCCCCCAAAGGCAAUGACUAAAGAAAAAGUCCCUGGUCAAUGUUGCUAGCAUGAAGUUAGCUAUUCAAAGUAUUCUGUAACUCUUAUGUGAAAAAAUGUCAUAUUUUAUUAUAUAUAUAGUUAUAUAUAUAUGUGUGUGUGUGUGUGUGUGUGUGUAUGUAUUAUAUACACACACAUACACAAAAUAGCUUUCUGUUGGGCUUAAGGAGAUAAUUUAAGCUAUUUUUCGGGCUAAGAUUAGAGUUUUGGGAGCCAUCAAUCUUAAAACCUGGACAAUGAGUUACUUAAAAAAAACAAAACCAAACCUGACAUAAAGUAUCAUUGUCCAUCUUUCAGAUUUAACAUAAAGAAAUUAGAUUAGAGACAGUUGUGUCUGGGCCAGAGUUGGCAAAUCUCAGACCUAUGAUUGGCUCUGAGCAUCAUGGUUGUGGUUGACUGUGUGACACGCACCGAAAACUCUACCCCAGUUUCCGUGCAGGUCUCUGGGUCCCUAACGUACCUGGGAGUAGGAUUCAGAGGAAGUGGGGACCACAGAUUUGUAUUUACCCUUGUUGUCUUUAUAGAUGUUGCCUUAACUCUAUUUUUGUGAAGAUAUUAAAAAUAUAAGUUAGAAAAAUACUAUGGUAUUUCUAACUAGGAAAACCAAACCUUUAGAAUCUACUAGAAUAUACUGGAUUCACUGUUAACUAAUGAUAAUUCCAUUCUACUGUUAACAUGAUUUGUAUGUAAGAGAAUGGGGGCCUGUUAAUCAGAAGUUCCAGAGGGAGGAGAUUGGGACUGACCCAUACGUACUACACUAUAUAACACAGCUAACUAGUUAGGAUCUACUGUGUAGCACAGGGGACUCGACUCAGUACUGUAACGACCUGUAUGGGAAAAGUCUAAAAAAGAGUGUAUUCAUGUAUAACUGAUUCACUGUGCUGUAGAGUAGAAACCAACACAGCAUUGUAAACCAACUAUACUCAAAAGGUUACAGUGGAGUGAGAUGAAAUAUCCCCUUAGUAAUAACGUCUCAUGUAAUUGUUAUAAUAUUGUGGUUUGAGGACUGUAACAUUAUUAAGGCAUUGCCCAAUGUUUGAUAAAUUUGCAUUUUGUCAUUCUGUUCUCCUACACGUUUAUUUUAGCUUGAAAGUUACAGCUAGGACAGACUGAACCCUGCAGUAUUAGUGAGAGAGAGCUUGGAUAUUUUAAGUAUCUCCUAAUAGACACUUUUUGUGUCAACUUGUUUUACUGUUUAACUGAAAACUAAUUUUUAAAUUAUUUUGCAUAUUUUCAAAGUUAGGAAAAAUAUGUUUGACCUUAGACAUCAAAACCAAAUUAUUCUGAGUGCAUGCUGCAGAGUGACUCUGCUCUAUCUAUCUACACAGGAUGCCAUUUUUGGCACAGUAGUUAUUUAAAUAUAGGUCACUUAUGUGAAAUGAUUAUGCUGGGUUUGAUCAGUGUGCAGUAUUUUAGUACUUGCCUUUUAAAGAAUUUUAUGUUUCUUUUUAAAGAGUAUAAUUUAUAAUUGAUUUUUUAUAAUGUUCAAUUUAAUAUAGAUAACCAAAAUCUUUUUAAUGAAAAAAAAGCUUUGUAAUCAU